AUCUUCAACCUCAGCCUUCUACGCCACUUUCACUUUCGCCUCUUUCAUUCUUUUUUCCGCUGGCCGGUCACUCAUUCAAAUCAUAAUCAUUUACAGCCUUAUCACCCUCAUUUCGAGACCAUAAACCUAAAUCACUCAAUAUGCAGUUCACCACCACCGCCAUCCUUUUCGCCCUUUCCGCUCUUGCAGCUGCUGCACCUCAGCCUCAAAAUGCCGGCCGCCCUGUCCCCGCUGGCGCUUGCUGUGCUCCCAACGCAAGCUUGAAGCAGGAUGUCUGCAAUGUCAACGGCCAGACUGGUCGAUGCGUUCCUGACAGCAUCAACAACUGUGGCUCAGCAUUGACCUGCAUUGAGGACAACCGAUUGACCUGCGACCCCAACACCCUUGAGCGUGGUCGCCCUCUCUGCCGCCGCACUCCUGGCGCGUAAGCGGUUUUCCGCAUACACUCCAGCUUUUGCAAGCGACAUCGACUUGGUGGAGAUGAACUAGGGAUGGAAAACACAGAAAGUACAUAUAUAUACAUUGUUCAUAUUAUGAGAUCAGUCCGGAUUAGAAUAGGCGGGGUUAGUAGUGGAAGGCUUGGUUCACCAUGCCUGAACAGCAGCAGCGGCUCCAUCUGGCAGCAAUGAAGAUGUUUUAUCACUAC